UUUUUUUUUUUAAAUCAAUCCGCUCCCUUUCCGCGUCUCUCGGCGGCACCGCUUACGUUGCGAUCGCGCCGAGGUCCGCGCUCUCCCGUGUCGGGGACGCGCCGCGCAGCUUUGGCUCCGCGAUUUAUUCUCCUUAGCGACGUCGCGACAAAGAUGGCGGAGCAGAUGCUGUCCGAGGUGUCCGAGGGCUGCCGCCUCCCCGUGCUGCGGCGGAACCAGGAGAACGAGGAGGAAUGGCCCUUUGCAGAGGUCCUGGGCAUCAAGGAGGUGAAUGGACGGACAGUAUACGUGCAUUAUGUGGACUUCAACAAGCGGCUGGACGAGUGGGUCACCUACGAUCGGCUGGACGUGCGACGGAUGCAGUUUCCACGAAAGGAUGCCAAGACCCCGACAAAGAACGGCUCGGGACCAUGCUCCCGUCCCAGCAGCCCCGAGCGAGAGGUCGUUGCACCCCAGAAGCCCAGCCAUCAAAACGGAGUUCAGCGGCGUCCACUGAUGUCUGUGGUCGGUAGGAAACGGAAGAUCCUGGCGCUCAGUGCAGAGGAGACCCUGAAUGUGCGAUCCCCGAUACAUUGCUGGAAGCGGUACAAAGCAGGGGCAAAUGAUGAAGAGCGAACGGACAACUUUGAAAAGGUUCCAUGCGUUUUUCAAGAAACAUCUCCAGAAAUGAGACCGCGUCUCGUUGAAGGAGGUUCCGGGAUUUGGGACUCGCAGGACAGCUCAGACGGAGUCCCGGCCGUGUCUCUGCCACGACAAACUGGCAGCCUGGUGAGCGACAAGAGCCACGACGACAUCGUGACGCGCAUGAAGAACAUCGAGUGCAUCGAGCUGGGCCGCCACCGCCUCAAGCCGUGGUACUUCUCGCCGUACCCGCAGGAGCUCACCAGCCUCCCUGUGCUCUACCUCUGCGAGUUCUGCCUCAAGUACCUCAAGAGCCUCACGUGUUUGCAGCGCCAUAUGCAUAAGUGUAACCUGCGCCAUCCACCUGGUAACGAAAUCUAUCGAAAGGGCAACAUCUCCUUCUUUGAAAUAGAUGGACGGAAAAACAAGGCCUACUCCCAGAACCUGUGUCUGCUCGCCAAAUGCUUCCUGGACCACAAGACACUCUACUACGACACGGACCCCUUCCUCUUCUACGUGAUGACGACCUUCGACUGCAAGGGCUUCCACAUCGUUGGCUACUUCUCCAAGGAAAAGGAAUCGACGGAAGAUUACAACGUGGCGUGCAUCCUCACACUGCCCCCGUACCAGAGGAGGGGGUAUGGCACAUUGCUCAUAGAAUUCAGCUACGAACUCUCCAAGGUGGAGGGCAAGACAGGAACGCCGGAGAAGCCGCUGUCAGACCUGGGACUGUUGUCCUACCGCAGCUACUGGUCGCAGACCAUCCUGGAGAUUCUCAUUGACCUCAAAGCGGAAAACGGGGAGCGCCCGCAGAUCACCAUCAAUGAAAUAAGCGAGUUGACGAGCAUCAAGAAGGAGGACGUCAUCUCCACGCUGCAGCACCUCAACCUUAUCAACUAUUACAAGGGUCAAUACAUCCUGAACCUGUCGUACGAGAUCAUCGAGGGCCACCAGAAGGCCAUGGCCAAGCGGGAGUUGCGCAUCGACUCUAAGUGCCUCCACUUCACGCCCAAGGACUGGAGCAAGAGGGGGAAGUGGUGAGGGGUUGGUGGAGGGUGGGAAAGGACGGACUUCCUCUGCACAACCUUGCAGCCCACUUUUAGAACCCAGGUGACAUCCAUCGGUUUAGAGUUCACAAGUGCAGAGAAACUCGCGUGACAAUGCUCUUUGGGAGUGCAGCAGCAGAGCACGUUUUCCAGCAUCGACCUUGAACCGCAUGCAAGCAGAGCGGGACGUCCCGUGCGGUGGCCACGUGAAGGCACGCCAAAAUUCGUGGCGUAGUCAGCGGGAGACUUGGGGUGGAGGCUUUUGUGGGCAAUACACAGCUCUAAUCGGCUCCGCAGCUCAUCCUCUACCACCUUGGAGGCGCAUUUCCUUUAGUGGACGUUAGGCAGAGACUGGGACGGCUCCUCCACGUGUACAAUGUUUUACCCUUGUUAAUCUAGGCUCAUGCCCCAUGUUCACCCCGAGCCAAAUUUUAGUGUUUGUAGAUAAGUGAUUUUGAACUGGACAGCCAGAAAAAUGUGAAUUUAUCAACACUGAUUGCUACAGCAAUCUCUGAUUUAAGUCGUCAGCCAGAUAAUUAUUUGUAAACACGUAAUGCUGCCAUAUCUUUCUGGGAAUAUGAACAACUGUUUUUGUAUGUAGACUUCUGUAAAUAGCCUGACAUUUGUAAAGCUUUUUAAAUGAUGUUAUUACAGCAUGUACCGUGAUACCAACACGUAAUGUCAUCUCACCUCUGAUAAAAAAAAUUCUGACACCCAGAAUACCUUCCACUGCAGACGUGAUUUCUAUACACUUGUACUGCAGGCCUUGGGGUGGCCUCAACGG